AUGGAUAACAAAAAGAAGAAGGUUGGGUCCCAUAGAUCUCAUUUGAAACACCAAAAGUUGCUGGCUAAUUUCCAGCUUAAUGAUUCUGCUGUCUUAGCUUUAGCAGCCCCGCCUCCUACUGUUUAUGCUACAGUAACCUCAAAUUCAAAUUCAAAACAGCGCCCGCCAGUUGCAUCUGCCACUGUCUACUCUCGCGCUACCCUCCACGCGCUCUCCUCCCCACAUGGUCCUGCACCUCAAUAUCAUGGCGAUCCCAGUAUCAACCAUAUUUUUAUGGAAGAUUGGUCUGGCGAUGAUGAUCUGGAAGACGAGGAGGUGGAUUUUAACUCUUCUGUGGAGGACUAUGUUAGGGCCUUCACCUCUCCAGCGGUUGGGGCUUCUCCUGCUGGUGGCCAGUUAACCCCUGUUGCUUUCUCGGCCGUUGCCCAGUCAACCUCUCCUCCUCUGCCUCCUGCUGUGGGGUCUAUCUCCCCCCCUCUGAAGCAGACUAUGAUGCCUUCUUCCCUCCCUUCUGGCUGUUGUGCAUCUCCAACAUCCAAUGUAGCAGGUGCUCAGUCCACCCCUCCUCCUCUGCCUCCUGCUGAGAAGAUUCAUUCUCCCCCUCUGGAGAAGUCUAUGCCGCCUUCUUCCUUUCCUCCUGGAUAUUGUGAGUCUUCAUCCUCCACUGUAGCAGGUAAACCUCUUUCUGCUCCUGGUAGUAAUAAAUGGCGAGACCUUUUCUCCAAUAGAUCUACUAUAGCAAGUGUCCUUGGAAAGCCUAUUCAGUGUGACCAACCUACAUCAACGCUUUCUCGAAUGUCUUACGCUCGGGUUCUGGUUGAAAUUGAUCUUCUUGAGGAACUCCAACACUCUAUUGACAUCACUCUGCCUGAAGGCCCUGCUCUGCACCAACAAGUGGUUUAUGAAACUCUGCCCAAGUAUUGUCAUCUCUGCCAUGUUCUUGGUCAUACUCACCUCCUCUGCCCCAAAGCUGCUGUUACUGCCACAACUGUUCCCUCCCUGGAUCCGGCAGUUAAAGAAGCUCAAGGGAAUGUUUUUAGUCGAUUGGGUCCUUGUCCUCCUCUGCCUCAGUUACAAGACCAAUCCCAAGACCAGGACAUACCAGCUUCUCAAGGGGAUAUUGGGUCUCCAGUUGAUCUUGUAGCUACUAAUGACUGGGUUACAGUGGUAUCUCGACGCAAAUCCAGUAAGCAUGCUAAGGGGAAAGCCGUAGCAGUCUCUGAGCUAGGGUCUGUUGCCAGCUCCCUUGUAACUCCUACUUCCCCUGUUUGCACAGGACCAGUUCGAACCUCCUCUGGUGCUCCUCCUUUGGAGGCAAACUCAUGUGCUGAAGAACCUCGGGAUUCUCCUCCUCCUUCUACUGAACCAUUAGUUCUGCCCGCCUGGGCUGGUGAAGGCCGCAAUCCCUCUCCACCAAACCCUUUGGCUAUUACUACUGAUGCUGUGAACAUGGCUGACAAACCUGUGUCUACUCCUAUUGUGGAGGUGUCGGUUCAGAGUCGGGGGUCUACUCCCCUGAAGAGACAUGAGGAAUAUGUUGACUGGUGGGUUCUACUCAUUUAUCCGCUAGUUGGUACUAAGGUUUCCCAGCUAGUCUGA